UUGUCUGUGGAAAACGACAUUUGGAAACAAAACAUUCUGGUCAGCUGUAAGUGAAAAUGGUUAGGCUUGAUCAAUAAAAUGGAAAGCUUUUCCAGUAAUUUAAACAAGUAAAAACUCUUAUCACUGCAGAACAGACAAAACAGAAAGUGAAAGUAAAAGGGAUUUAUCAGAAGUCAUGUGGUUCAUCAGAGCAGCAGAUGUAAUUUAAGGGAGGAGAAGGUUGCUGUUGAUUCAUUUUGCCGCAGAGCAGCAACAACAGCAGGAUGGCUCGAAAAAAUUAUCCUUUCCUGCGUGCAAUUGGAGCCUUCUAUGGGCUCCCAGAACCUGCUGCUGAAGCGGCAGAGUCUCCAACUCUGGAUGAACCGUGGAGGGAACUAAACUGGCGCGAAAAACAGGAGAAUCUUCGAUAUGUGCAGGAAUACAAACCACAACAAGAUGACAUCAGGUACCUAAGAAUCCUCCUGUAUGGACCCGUCGGAUCUGGGAAGUCCAGUUUCAUCAACUCUGUCAGUAACGUCAUUCGAGGUCGGAUGACGAUUCCUGCUUUGGCCAGCGCGAUGACGUCUGAUCAAAGCUUCACCAAAAGGUAUGAAACUCAUAAGUUCAUUAAAGGACGAGGAAACGCAAAGACAUUUUAUCCUCUGGUCUUCAACGACAUGAUGGGACUGGAAGAUGGAACCAACAGGGGAGUUCAUGCUGACGACAUCAAACUGGCUUUGGAAGGUCAUGUGAAGGAAGGUCACAAGUUCAACCCAGUAGCUCCAAUAUCUCAACAUGACCCAGGCUACAACCCGACCCCCUCUGCUGACGACAAAGUCCAUGUCCUGGUCUGUGUGAUGUCUGCCAACACUCCUCAGAUGAAAUCUUCAGUUCUGGAGAAGAUGAAGAGUGUCAGGGAAACAGCCAGUGAUCUGGGAAUUCCUCAAAUGGCCAUGAUGACACAUGUAGAUGAAGCCUGCUGUGAAACUGAGAAAAACUUGAGGAAUGUCUACAAGAGCAAGUACCUGAGAAAAAAAAUGAGAGACUUCAGCUCAGCAGUUGGAAUCCCCAUGAACUGCAUCUUCCCUGUGAAGAACUACAGUGAAGAAAUCGACAUGAACAAUGAUGUUGAUACUCUGAUCCUGAGCGCUCUGAGGAAUAUGGUCAACUUUGGAGACGACUUCAUUGAGAAGAUUUAAACUGAGAUGUAGAGAAAACAGUGAGGUGUGACAGUGUCAGGUCCAUAUACUCUGUAUAUAUAGCAUGCAAUGAAAGCUUCAUUAUGUUACAUAGGUUACGGCUUUUCAAAUUUGGACUUGAGACAUUGAACAGAACAACUUUUCAGUCUUUUAAGUUAUCCUAUCAGUGGAUAAAAACGUAAUGUUUUAUUUUUAAGUGAACUUGGUUAGGUCAGUAUAACAAUAGAAAUUACUACUGGGAGCUGAUCCUCCCACUUUAUAUAAAAUUAGAACAGGCACACGUUAUUUUAAGUUAGUUUAAAAUCUCAAGGCAAGGUAAUAGCAGGAGCGUUUUAAAUCAAAUGAAUAGAAUUUGUUUUAAAUCAAACUCAAACUCAAAAUUGCUUAUUGCUGUUGUUUUUUUAUUUUCUUAAAAUACAAAAUAAUUUUUAAACACUUCUGUGAUAUUUACUUGAUCUUUUUUUUUAUCAGAUGUCUUUCGUCUCUGCUUCUCAUGUAAAGCACCUUAAAUAACCAUGUAUGCAAAGAGGCUGUACAAAUUUCUUGCUUUGUCUUUUUUUAAUUUUUUUUUAUCUAUUUCAGAUUGCAUCAGUAGCUGCUAUGAAAGAUAAUACAACGCUAAGCAUGUUUUGGGUUGAUUGGAGAUCGUGUCAUUUUGAUGUAAGAAGGAGAUUCAGUCAGAAGUUUGAAUAAACUUCAUUAAUAUCACCUUUUAAACUUGUCAGUUUUAAUAACUCUUGGUUUCUACCCAAAGUAGAGAAGAAGCCUGGUUUACAAUUUGGCACAUUUCAUUGAUUAUAUUCCUCUGCUGUAAAAUAACAGGAACACUAGGGUCAGAGGUGGAGCUGUUGUUUCAAAUUUCCUGUUUUUUACAAACAUUGAAUAAAACGACACAUAGACUUUUUUUUUUCAUUUGUGCCUAAUAUUAAAGCAGAUCAAACAUCUUGCUUUACGUCACUCAGAAUGACAAAUUAUUUCAAUUUGAUAAAUGCCACAAUAAUGGGACAGAAUAUAGAUUUAUUUAUCAAUAUCUUAAACAGCUGAAGCUUACAGAAUUAUUAUUGUCUCUUUAAACAGUUAAGGAAACCCAAGAUGAUGUCAUGGCUUUGGAAACAUCUGAUAGGUUAACCGACAUGUCGAUGUAUUUUAAGUUCACAUCUGGUUUCUUGUUUCAUUGUAUAAAGUCAAAAGAAAUCAACCAAGAUAUCAGGAAAAAUGUGGAGCUGCCCCAGCCUGGUUCAGCCAUGAGAGCGAUUUCCAGAAGCUUGUAGGUGCUGCGUUCAUCUGUUCAAACAAUUAAAUAUAACUAUAAACCUGAUGAAAAUAUCUAAUCGUCAUAAUGAUCAGCAAGGAGAUUUUUCUGUGUCCCACAGAUGAAUGUCUUUCGAUCGAAAAUGUGCAGAUUCACCCUUGAACAAAUGCCAGAUGCUGAUAAAUUUUUAUCCACAGUGAAACAUCUUCAGUAGUGACAUGGGCUGAAAGGUCACUCAGUGAGGAGGAAACAAUUACCUCAAAUUAAACAAAAGGUCAGAUUUCAGUUUACAAAUUCAAACAUAGACAAAGAUCUUCAUUUUUGGAGCUGUGAAGUAUGGUGGUGGCAGCAUCAUGUUGUGGGGCUGUUUGUUUAGUUAACUCUUAAGUUUCCAAAGCCAGGGAAUCAUCAUCUGGGUUUUUUUUUUCACUGUUUAAAGGAACAGUACUCUAAAGCAAACUUCUGAUUUUAAAGAUUGUAAUAAAUAAAUCUCUUACUAUACCAUUAAUGUGGUUUUUAGCUCAUAUAAAUAACUUUAAUAAUUUAGGAAAGCAGUGCUUCCUCCAGCAAUUGUUGAAAGCCUAUUUAUGUGUAAUUCAAUUUCCUGCCAUGCUUUGCAAUGACUGCAGCAAGUACAAAGAUGUCACUGCAGAACAAAGAAAAGAAAAAGUGAAAGUAAAAGAGGUAUUGUGGUGUUGUCAGAACAGUGAAUGUUAUGUAGGGGAGGAGACGGAUGUUUAUUCAUUUUACAGCAAAGCAGCAGCAACAGGAUGAGACGAUAUUUGUGUGAGUGCAUUUUAAUUCAGAUAACUUUUCUAGAUAUUUGUAAGAAGUGAUUCACAAAAGCUUUUAUAAGAUACUUAUGACAAGAACAUAUCAGACUUUCUUUCAGUAGAUUCUGAUCAAAACUUUGUUCAGACUCAUUUGACCAGCAAAUUCUGCAGAAAAAAUCAGCAGCAUUUAAUAAACUCUUCUUCUUUUUCUCUGUUAUAAAAGGGAAAAAAGAACCUUCUGGUAAGUUGACGUGUCAAAUCCAACACUGCCUAAUGCUUUAUAUUCUCCACUUCCUGCUUCUGAUCCUGAAACUGAUUUAAAUCGAACGUAAAUAUUUUAAAUGGUGUUUGUUUGUGUCAGUUUGGAUAAAAUUGAAGAGAUCGAAUUGAAGUAAAUCUAUCAGGAACAGUUUAAUUUUUUUUCUGUUUUUCUCUGCUAAAGCUGAGGAGGCUGAGUCUAAAACUCUGGAUGAACCAUGGAGGGAACUACACUGGGG